UCAUACGAGUAACGCAAAUAUUAUUUACUCAAGUAGAGUCGAGCUCGACGAGAAGUUUACGUGACGACUGGGAGAAAACUGCGCCGCGCGAGACUGUCUUGUCAACAUGCCGAGUUGACUCAAAUCUCUGUGGUAAUCAUGAGGGGAAGAAGGCCGUGUUGGAACGCAAGAAAAGGCCUUUUGUGGAGGUUUACUUUGGUCUGAUUGAUAGCGACGCCAAGGCUAUAGGCGGCACUUCCCUUUUUUUGACGUGGGGAGGGCAGUGAACUUUCCCGCCGUGGGACUACAUGUAAGUAGCUGAAUGGGGGAAAAUGGGGAAAGGGCGGCGCCACAACGGCAACGGUCAGUCUAAUGGAAGGAGGACGAGACCAGACGAGCGUCGGCGGGCAGGCAGACCGAGUGGAGGCGAGAAUUACCGGACCAGGAACCGACUAAUGCGCCAUGAGUUCAGCCGUCUCCGCGUGUCGGCGAACGUGUCCCGUCAGGGCGGACAGGGUGUCGUGUUGUCCCCGGUCAGCACACUCGGCCAGCGGGCACAGAGAGGAUGUCCGUGCGAAAACCCGGGCCCCAUGGCUCUCUUCUUCGUUGCAUUCCUGAUAUUCCUACCCGGAGCGAUCAUGACGGCGAACGGGUACGGCGAACCCGAAGCCAUCGCCCGAAGAGACCCUCUCCUUAUCGUCGGUCCGGUCUCCAUCGGUGUUUCUAUACUGUUGAUGUUGUUAUCGUGUGGUUGGAACCUUUAUAUUCAGAAUAACGAGAACGACACAGAAAUUGACGUAGAACUAGGUGAAGACUGCGGCCCGGCCUCCCCGGAUCCGGCCAGCUUCUCACCGCCGCCAAGUUACGAUACGAUCGUACACGAGGAUGAAAACAGGUUCAGCUUCCCCGAUCAGCCGACUAUACAUCAAGAGGAGUGCCCUGGAGAGGCCACGUCCUCGGCGGAGACUCCGCCAGCUCCGCGCGUUGUUCUAACACUUGUCGAAAUUCCAAACGAUAAUUGCACCGAUACUGGUGAGACUACUAGCGACUAUGACCCUUGGGUCGCGAGGGAAGACUUGGAGGACUUGGACGAGGACAUCGUUCAUCCUCCCCCGUCCUACACCCCAGUCGACCCGACCAACACCGCCUCGUCUGAGGAUCUGGACGACGUGUUUGAAGAGGAAGACGAGGAUAUCGUCCACCCGCCGCCGUCCUACGACGAAGUUAUGCACGUUAUACACGAGAGAAGUGACGAUGUAUAACAUCAAGGGACAUCCACAUUCUACAACAGUGGCUCAUGAACCAUUACAGACAAGUGCAAUGUGGAUGUUGUGGUCUCCAAUUGUAAGCCUGAGGCUUGAUUGAGAUAAGCAAGGAUGACUUGGGAGCGUGUGACGCCCUCUUUGUAGCCAGAUAAAUGGGGGCCCAAUUCAAGGGCUAGCUAAGCCGUUUUUCUUGGAAAAUGGUAAUUUUGGGGUGUCGGUUGGCACACCGUACUAAGAUUACUCUCUCGGUCAAGUUAUAUCGGUAUACAGGUAAAAUUGGAGGAAAUGAAUAAACACCUAGUCGUGACCGGA